GCUGCCCAGCUGCUCGCCUGCACUGCUGCCCAGCUGCCCGCCUGCACUGCUGCCCAGCUGCUCGCCUGCACCGCCGCCCAGCGCCCCUCAGCCGUCACCGUCCUCCAGUCUCUGCUGGAUCGCAGCAGCUCCCAGUUCCUGGACUCCCUGCUGGAUGGCAGCAGAACCAACCCCUUGUCGCCGCUGGAUCGCAGUCACCUCAUUUCCUGGCUGGAUCACAGCAGCAGCCAUCUCCAGUCGCCGCUGGAUUUCAGCUGCCUCCUGCCCCGGUUGGAUCGCAGCAGCAGUCAUCUCCAGUCGCCGCUGGACAACAGCAUGCUGCUGAAUUCUCUGCUGGGUCGCAGCACUUCACUGAAUUCUCUGCAGGGUCGCAGCAGCAUCCUCCUUCUCUGCCGGAGUGGUAAGCUCCGGGUUCCCGGGAAUCACUGGUUCUGCCAGCUCCUCUACCAGUCCCCUAGUUGCCGGCUUCCUGUCCUGCUGUCCCGUAGCCGGGCCCUGAUCUGGUUCUCCGGCCUCCAGAAGGGUUCUGCCUUCGCUGCCGGCCUCCAGUGACAGGCCUGAAGAUGUUUUUGGUCUUCGAUAUGGACCUCGUGAGAUGAGCUCCGCACAUGUCCAGCCCCCUGGCCGUCCGCCUGAAGUCUACCACUUAACCCUUCUCUAACAAAGGAAAAGAAACAAGAGUGGAGAAUAGCAGAGGGAGAGUGAUAGGGAGGAUUGGAGAGAAAGUGAUGAAGAUGAUGAUGGUGUGAUAUGAAGAACAAGAGAGGAGGAACAUCAGUAUCCAACAGAGACUGAGAGCGAGAGGAGAGGCGGGACAAACCGAAUGUCAGAAAGAGAUAAAUCACUUGUAUGAUAAAGAGUUUUGGUCAGAAUCUGCCAGAGCUGCAGCUUCUCCUUUCCUCCUCUCACUGUCUGAUGGAGGUUGGUGACGGAGCAGAGCUCUGCUUUCCACAACUCCUCAACACCUCCUGCAGGAAGCCGACACUUCCUUGGUCCGAAGUUGUAUUUCUGCACACUCUUCUGUCCUCCAUCUCUCUGCUCACUGUGGCUCUCAACCUGCUUGUCAUCAUCUCAGUCUCCCACUUCAGGCAGCUCCACACACCCACCAACAUCCUCCUCCUCUCUCUGGCUGUCUCAGACUUUCUCGUGGGCCUCCUGCUGAUGCCGGGAGAAAUCCUCCAAAAAACAUCCUGCUGGUUUCUUAAUGACCUUGAGUGUUCUCUCUAUAAGUAUUUAGCAUUCAUCAUUACCUUUGCCUCAGUAGGAGACAUGGUGCUCAUAUCAGCAGACCGAUAUGUGGCUAUUUGUGACCCUCUGCAUUACCCCACAAGAAUCACUAUGAUAAGAGUCAAACUCUGUGUUUGUCUGUGUUGGCUCUUUUCUGUUUUCUACAGCAGUCUCUUUUUAAAAGAUAGCCUGACUCAACCAGAUAGAUAUAUUUCCUGCUAUGAGUGUGUGAUUAACACUGACUAUGUUGCAGGAGCUGUUGACCUUGUUGUAACCUUUAUUGUUCCCAUUACUGUCAUUAUAGCUCUGUAUAUGAGAGUAUUUGCUGUGGCUGUGUCUCAGGCUCGUGCCAUGCGUUCUCACAUUACAGCUGUCACACUCCAGUGUUCAGUGACACCGAAGGCAAAGAAAUCUGAGCUGAAAGCAGCCAGGACUCUUGGUGUUCUUGUGUUUGUGUUUCUAAUAUGUUUCUGCCCAUAUUACUGUGUCUCUUUUGCAGGGGACAGUGCUUCAUUUAUAUCUUAUGUGAUCUAUCUGUACUAUUUUAACUCCUGUCUAAACCCUGUGAUCUAUGCCUUGUUCUACCAUACUGUAGAGAGGCUGUGGAGUGACUGA